CCCACCACUAGCGACUGCCUUCGAAUCUCGUAUGUACUCUGAUCUGAAUUAGAAGUCUAGCAUACCAAGCGAGCACUUGAAGACCCCAUUUAAUAGUGAACACUUGCAUGGUCAGGAAGUUGAUCGUUACAGUGACUAUCCUACCAUUGCAGUCAUGUGUGGCUCAGACAUCUUUCUAGCGAUUCUCGCAAUUUUCUUCCCUCCAGUGUCGGUGUGGAUCAAAGUAGGCAUCUGCACGGCCGACUCCAUCAUCAACAUUGCUCUCUGCUGCCUCGGCUAUGUGCCAGGCCUUCUCCAUGCCUGGUACAUUAUACUCAAGUACCCCGAACCAGAUUAUGAGGAUCCCAGCUACGAGCCCCUUCCUGGCGACGCCGAAAAUGGUCGCGUAACAUACUAUUAUGUUUCUCACCAACCGAUUCAGCACCCCUCCCAGAGGGGCUACGGUACCCUACCCUCGCAGCAUCCCCAAGCACCAAAACCUCAGUCACAGAACGGGCAACCGGCUCCUAGCCAGCCUCACGAACAAGCCCAAGCCGGCAGCAGCAGCCAGGACCAAGCUGACAGUCGUCCACCUCCUACCUAUGCCGAGGCCGUGAAGGGAGAUCAUAAAGUGCAGGACUGAGUGCCUGGAGCAAAGAAAGGCUAGCCUUACUAUACACACUACGCUAUGACCCGAUUACUGUCCGAGUUGCUGCUCUACGAGAGCUCGCUCGGUUAUACACCCCAUUUGGCUCCUUGUCUACACACCCGAUCGCGGGAUCCUUGAAUGCAGAUUGCUCUGCGGCCACGCCUAAUGACUUUGUUCCUCAUGUACUUGUCUACACCAUUCUAGUUUUAUUUCCUUCGUACCAGCGGGCUAGGACACCGGAAGGUUAAUAUUGAAUUAUGUUUCCAACCUGUUUACAUACCAAUAAAAUAACCAUGAGAAAGCAUUCCACAAUAGGUUUAUUAUAGCAAAUCAAGAGAAAACAAAAAUACCCC